CUAUUCCUAAGCACCCUCCAAGUAUGAGUUUCCUCGCUAGAAAAUUCAAACCUAACAGCUGUGGUUAAAAUGGAGUAUAGUUUCUCCUCAUCAUCGUUUCUCACAGUGAUUUGUUGCCUGAACCAAACAUGAGAAAGGGUAGAAUUUUGUUUUGAUCGUAGAAGAUCGAAGGAAGAAGGAGAGAACUCUAAAUAGCAAAGAAAACAGAUUCGACUUCAGCUUCAUGUUAUGCUUUCUUAACAUGGACAGGCACAGCAAAAGAUGCAUUGUGCUCUUCAAAGAACCUGUAACAAUACUCAGAAAAUUGUAGACCAGGAAAACAAUUCCACAUUCAGGAAAUCUUUGGAAGAAAAUAAUUCAAGAGCAUCUUCAAACGACUGUGAAGUGUCUUCUCUUGCUUGGAGGAACUCUGAUCAUAGGUAUACAAUCUUCACCUUCUUCAACCCAGAACCUGAUGGACACUGGAGAAUUUUUGCACUGCCAUUGCAAUGCCCUGAUCACACAGGAUCUGGAUCUCAGCUAAAAUUGGAUGGUCUCCAUUUGGUUUCUCCAUUGCUGGUUAGCUCGGUAAGCGUUGAUCAACAAAAGGCACGGAGAGGGCUUACAACUGAGAGGAGUUGCUCUGUCAAGUCAUUUACAGCUAGAAGCUUUUCUGGGUCAAAAUUUCAGUAUCAAUCUCAUAACAAAGGCUUGGCAAACAAAGUGAGUAGAUGUAAUGUGUUGCCAGGCAAUUCUUCUUGCAAGACUCCUUUCAACAGCAGUGAUUCCUCUGGUAUGAUCCCAACUGGCUCUAAUGCUACUAAUUCAUCUGAUAUCUAUCUUGCUAAAUCCAAAGUAGACAAGGCUGUAAAAAGAAAUUCAAAAAAGAAGGCAAGGAAGAAGGGAACGCAAAACAAAAAGCUUUCAUGUGAUACUGGCUCAACUGACUUUGAAUGUGUUCAUGGAAGUUCAACAUCUGAAACUGGUGUCAGUAAGAAUACAGAUUAUGGGUUCAGACCACUUCAACAUGCAACUAAAUUGGCAAUGUCAUCGCCUGAACAUAGUGGCCUGGACAAUGAUUCUGAAGGAAACGGUUGUGGCACUAUAAACUAUUCUGAAACACCAAAGGCAUCCACAUCUUACAUUGAUGAAGUCAAUGUCUUGGAAGCUAACUUUAUGCCAAGUGAACACACUUCACCCAAUUCUGAAAAUGGGGUUCAAACUGUUUAUCCAGAGUUUUCUAUCUUAAAUGGAGUGCAGGAUACACAUUCUAAACAACUCAGUUGUUUCAAUGAUCAACGAUCCAGUGUUUUCUCUGAGACAAAGGACUCUCCUGUGUUAGAUUCUAUUUCAGUCUGUUCAAAUGGUGAUGAAAGUAUAAAUGCUGGUUAUGAUGCUAAACUUUCCACCAAAGACAGUGGUGGAAUUAAUCUUUCAGAAGCUUCUAGUGAUAUUUCCAAAAAGGGAUGUUUUUCUCAUGGAAACAUGUUAAAUGGUGUUGAAGAUUCCUAUUGGCAUACUGAGGGAACAACCUCCUGUGAGCAAGGAUGUAUCAGUGGUGAAAUGGCCAGGAAAGGUAAGCAGAUUAAAAGAGUGCCCAGGAAUUCAAGUGUCUCCUGCCUAAGCACUGUCGGAAAGUUUUAUGGCCACUCUGGAAAGGAAAAUAAUCAUUCCAUCUGGCAAAAGGUUCAGAGGAAUGACACUGGUGAAUGCAGCUACGGGUUGAGAAAAGUAAACUCGGCUAACUCACAGAGUGGUAUUGGGUUGAAAGAGGUUCCAUUCCUUAGAAAGAACUGUAAUAUUGCUCAAUCUAGUAUAUUAUCAACAUGUGAAGAUAAAAAUCAGUCAAAAGUCAAAGCGUCUAGAAAGUUGAAAAGGAAACCUAUUUCUGGGCUGAAACAAGAGUUAAACUAUUAUUCUAGAAAGGGACCUUAUGCUACUAAGGCAAGCUCAAAUGUGUGCCUGAAGAUUAACAUGCAACAGAAUGAAGUAUUGGAUAUUCCAGCACAAUUUACUGGGCAAAAAGGAUUAAACGGUGUUUCAAGAUCUCGCUUUAAAAUUGGUAGCCAAAAGAAUGGAUUCCAAACUAAUAGAGUCAAGUCUACUACUUCUAAACCCAUUCAAAACUUAGAAGGUCGUCCCAAUGAGUUGGAGCCGCUUCAUCAUGUCUGUGCUACUCUUUCCAGUUUGAAUGAUCAAACUGCCAAAAGAGAAAGUAGCUCUCUAUCAGGUUUCUGUGACCAUCAAGACCAAACAGAGCUGCCUGACGGGCUGUCCACAGAGUACCAUCUUCCUGGAGUUGAAGAAGAUAUCAAAAUAGACAAAGUGGUUUGUUCUGUAGAACACAGUAAGCAAGAUCACAGUUGUGGAUCCAUUUUGCAAAAAUGGAUACCUGUUGGAAUUAAAGAUUCUGAGCUUGCAAGGUCUGGCCAUUCUAACAGUUCACUAUUGGCCAAUCAUAAUAAAUCAGCCAUGGAAAGUUGUACUUUGGAAAACACAGUGAGGGAAAUGGCUUACGAUCCCAACACUUUUACUUCUUCAAUAAAUGCUCAUGUAAUGUGCAGUGUACAGGAUUCUAGAGAUGACAAUGGCUUACAUUCUGAAGAUGAAUUUCAGAUCGAGAAGUGUAGUAGUCAGAGUACAUGCGCUCCGAAAGAGUCCUGUGUCAAUCAUGCUGCUGCAAAGUGCUCAAGUCAUGAUCUAAUAGACCAAAAUAAUUCUUCUGUUGAAAAUGAUUCAAGCAAGAUUGCAGUAGUGUUGAAUGAUGCCUAUAGGGCACAACUGGCGUCUGAAGCUGUUCAAAUGGCUACUGGAUAUCCAAUUGCUGAGUUUGAAAGGUUGCUUUAUUCUGCAUCACCUGUUAUUUCUCUACCACACAAUUUUCUAAGCUGUCAGACUUGCUUGACUGAUGAGGUAUUUGGUGCUCCUCUGUGCAGACACGAGACACCCAACAUCUCUUUGGGGAGUCUGUGGCAGUGGUAUGAGAAACAUGGGACCUAUGGUUUAGAAGUAAGAGCUGAAGAUUUUGAAAAUUCAAAAAGAUUGGGUAUUGAUCGUUUCGCAUUUCGUGCAUAUUUUGUUCCAUUCUUGUCAGCAGUUCAGCUUUUUAGAAACUGUAAGAGUUAUCUUCUGGAAAGUAGUAGUAGGAUUCCUGGUACAGAGGCUUGUAAGUUGGACAGAAGUUCUGAAGACUCCUCCAAUAGUGGUUCUCUUCCAAUAUUUUCAGUACUUGUUCCUCAGCCUCUCAUUGAGGACACAAGCUCUCUGUCACCAAGGAAUUCUGUGUGUUGUUCAGACACAUCUUCAGUAUGUGUUGAAGGCAAUGCAACUAUUCAAUUGGAUGAUUCUACAAGCUCUGAUGAUUUGGAGCUUCUUUUUGAAUAUUUUGAAGUUGAACAACCUCAGCAAAGGCGACCGUUGUUUGAAAUGAUAAAAGAGCUGGUUAGAGGUGAUGGACCUUCACAACCCAGAGCCUAUGGGGAUUCCACUAAACUCGAGUCAGUGCCUCUAAAUGAUCUACACCCUAAAUCCUGGUAUUCAGUUGCUUGGUAUCCUAUUUAUAGGAUACCUGAUGGCAGCUUCCGUGCGGCUUUCUUGACUUACCAUUCACUUGGUCAUUUAGUUCGUCGAAGUGGGACAUCUGAUUCCUUUGGUGUGGGUGCUUGUAUAGUUUCUCCAGUUGUUGGCCUUCAGAGUUACAAUGCACAGGGUGAAUGCUGGUUCCAGUUAAGGCAGUCUGCACAGUGCCAGACAACAGAAAUCCCAAAUUUAAAUCCUUCUGGAAUUCUGAAGGAGAGGUUGAGGACACUUGAGCAGACGGCAUCUCUUAUGGCAAGAGCUGUUGUAAGCAAGGGGAAUUUGCCAUCUGUAAACAGACAACCUGAUUAUGAGUUUUUCCUCUCUAGGCGUCGCUGGUAACCACUACUGCAAAAUAUGUUUUGAGAUAUGAGUAGUAUGAGUAGUUCCUUUUCCCUUUCUGCCAAAAGUUUUCAGGCAAAUCAACUAGAAACUAAUCUCAAAUAGGAAUUACAGGGGUACCUUUACUUUACUCCCCUUGGUCCAAACCGUGGUAUUCCCAGCUCUGUGUGUAAUUUUGUGCACGGGCGCACACGCGCACACACCCAUAUAUAGAUAGAUAUUGUAGAGGGAAAAUACUAUGUUCAGGAUUGGAAAUCUCUCUUUUAGGUGAUAGAAAAUCAGACCCUCGGACAAUCAAUGUCAGGUUCUGCUGACAUUGAUAUUGAUUUAGGUGUUAUUUGGAUGCUUUAAUUUAUAGUGUACGUCUAUUUUAGAGGAAAAGUGCUACAUUCAGUUUUGCUUUGUUUCUUUCCCUGCUUCUGGGUUCAGUUUGAUUUGGGUUCAGGUACUUUUGGUAUUGGGAGUUGUAUAUUGAUAACAGGAACAUGGUCUUCUGCUCUUCUAGCUAGGGGAAUGUGCUGUGCUGUGAUUGGUUUUAUCUAUCAGCAGGUCAAACCAUGAAAAGAAGAAUUCUCUGACAGAUAAAAUUAUUGGUAUGAAUGAAAAUCUUUUUCCAGUGGUUCUUGGA